AAUAUGUCCUUAUAUUCGUGAGCUAGUCAUGAAGGCUGUCAGUGACAGUGCUAAAGCUAUCAAUAUUGAACACAAUCAUGUUACUGCAUUCUCUUGUCCUAAGAGAAGUACUUGUUACUGUGUUGUAGAUGCGGAAGAGGAAGUUUUUGAAACUAACUGUACAUCCUGUGCUGAUUCUGCUGAUAUAAGUGGUGAUAGCUACUGGUGCUGGUUUAGUAUAGUAGACUGUGGCCUUAGAGUAGUGCCCUCAGACUCACAAAAAGCACUCGAUACAUCUGAUUUGGCUGAAAUCCUUGCAGACUUGAAGGAAGGUCAUUAUCCUAGUAGCGACUGGAAGAAUUUGGGACUUCAACUGGGAUUACAUUACACUACACUCAGGGCUAUUAAAUCCGAUUCGUCUGAAGUUGAAGAUCGCCUUAUGGAGUGUAUAGUUAAAUGGUUGCAGAGAGCUGAUGAUGUAGAUGCUAAAGGAGGAGCAACCUGGACCACACUGGUUAAUGCUCUUGAAAAAUGUGUUAAGUCAACUGCUGAUCACAUCAGAUGUAAGAGAUUUAAAAGACCUGCUGAUCAAUCCCAGACUGAUGAUGAUGAACUGUGUCCGCCAACAACUAAAAAGAAUAAACAUAAACCAUAAACUAUAUCUUGCUAGAAAGAUAUGAUGCAUGCACCUUUUUUUAUCAUUUUUGAUUUCUGGUUUAUGAUAUUUGAAGUUUAA